AUGUCUCUCGUCCUGAUCACCGGAGCCACUGGCUUCAUCGGCUCCCAAGUCGCCCUGCACGUCUUGAACGCGGGAUACCGAGGGCGUCUCGUCGUCCGUCGGCCCGAUCAAGCCGACAAGCUGCGCCGAGUUCUUGCUCCCCACCGACUCGACUUCUCCAUUGUGCCCGACAUCACCGCCUCAGGGGCAUUCGAUGCUUCUCUCCAGGAUGUGCGCUAUGUUCUGCACGUCGCGUCGCCCCUACCGGGUGGUGCUGCGGAUCUUCUGACGCCCGCGGUUCGCGGCACGGUGUCAAUCUUGGAAUCUGCGGCCAAGGUUCCGUCGGUCAAGAAGGUUAUUAUCACGGCGAGUGUCUUGUCGUUGGUCUCGUUGGGCGGAAUUGACAAGUUGGAUGUUAUUCGGGAAACAAACGAGAUCGACUACACCGUCGACCCCGAAAAGGUCCCCUCUAUGGACCCACAAGGCCAGUAUCACGCCAGCAAACUCGCCUCGUACAAAGCCACGCUGGACUUCGUGGCCGAACAUCGCCCGUCCUUCGACGUCGUCACGCUGCACCCCGUCUUCGUCUUCGGACGCAGUCUGGUCCAAGACUCUGCGGCCGAGCUGGGCGGCACGAACGGCAUGCUGUUCCAGACGCUAGCUGCGGAGAAGCCGCUCAUGAGUCAGUAUCGGGGCGUUCAUGUGCGGGAUGUCGCCGAUGCGCAUGUCAAGGCGCUGGAUGACAUGAUCACCGGAUUCGAGUCGUAUCUGUUGUCGGCGGAGGAGAGCACCUGGGCUGAGGUGGAGGCAUUCGUGAGGAAGGAGUUCCCUGGUUUCCCGUUGCGAUGGAAGGACGUGCAGGAGAAGGCGAAGUCGUAUAGUGUUGAUGCGGGAAAGGCCAGGAGGGAGUUGGGUAUGGAGUUCUUGGGUAUGGAGGCGCAGGUGGAAGAUGUAGUGAGGCAGCAGCUUGAGUUGAGGGAGAGAGUUUAA